AUUUUUUCCAUGCUGUGCAUUUAAGUAUUAAUCAGCACAGCUUUCAGGGAUGUCUUUCUAAUAUCCUUUUCUAUGUAAGAUAAGGACUGCAAUUCAUUAUACCAUUGGAGGAGCCAGAGGCUUUGCUAAGUUUUGCCUUUCUUGACUGUUCAUCUCAAAUUUAAUGGGAGUGUGUGUGUGUGUAGCUAUAUUAAAUUGGUGACUGGACUUUAAUUAUGACACAAUGUUGGUUGCCUUUCAGGCUAAUCAUCUCUCCCUUUCAGGAGGUCAAAGAUCAUUUCAGCCUCAGUGUGCUUUAUAACUACCUACUAAGGGAGGCAGCAAAUCCCGGGCAACUGAGAUGUGACUUUUAUCACCAGUUAUUUUUCUUUACAUCUUUCUAUCAACAUAGCUCAGGGAGCACUCAAGAAAUAAAAAAUUACUCUUCACCAAGUACUAGCUUUCUGGGAUCUGAUCACUUCUAAGUGUAAACCUCUAUUACCCUAGCAAUGGUCCCUGGCGUUCCUUUUAUUCCUCUUAUAUAUAAACCUCACAAAAAAUAACAACAAACCCUCAAGCCCACAGCAAAGAGAACGCAAGCACGGCACCAUCCCUCUUCAUACUGCCGUUUUUCACUUGGUAGAGGAGGUUAAAUUUUGGAGAGAAUGGUGGCAUUCAUAGGAGGGGCGGGGUAAAAGUGUUGUCUAAUUUACACGUUAAUGGCAGAACUCGCCUUAACCACGUCCCUCCUGCACAGUGGUGAAAUCCUCCUGUGUGCUCCUGUGUGGAUCCCGAGACCCUUCUCGCUUUAAGAGAGCCUCCCGCGCCCCUCACUCCGCCCCUUCCCAAGUCUCUGGGCUCGUCAAAGCUUCCAGAGAGCCAUGGUUGGUCCAGGCAGGCAAUCGGAGCACCUCAUGGAGCGGCUGCUAACCCAGGGUGGGGUGGGGUGGGGUGGAGGGGUCUGUUUGUAGUACUCUCAGUCCUGAUGUCACAGGCGCGGCAAGGACAUCGCAAGGAGGAGUCGGAUUACAGUAAGGAUGGGCAGUGCAGCAGGCAGCCCCAGCGCACUCUCCAGCCGCCGGGGAUCUUAGCCCUGGAAAGGCAGGCUGCAAGGCGCUCAUCCCGCGGAGGAGGCACGCUCUCGGCGCUCACUGCUCUCCACGCCGGGGACAUUUCCACCGAAUGUAGCAUGAAACGGCUCUGCUCUGCGUGCCAGCCUUGGGUGAGAGCUGAUGCUGAAGACAACGCGGUGGGAUUCCAGCUGUCUGAUUAAUGAGAAACAUAAUGUAUUUUGGUGGUACAUGCCAGAGUCCUGCUCUCCCGGCCCUUGUCCGUCCACCAGCCCCUCCUCUGCAACCAUCGCUGGAUAUUAAACCAUUUCUUCCUUUUCCUCUUGACACUGCAGCUGCAGUCAACCUGUUCCCCAAUUUCAAUGCGAUGGACCCGAUUCAGAAAGCUGUAAUAAACCAUACAUUCGGGGUUCCUCUUCCCCAUCGAAGAAAGCAAAUCAUAUCAUGCAACAUUUGCCAGUUGAGAUUUAAUUCUGAUAGCCAGGCUGCGGCCCACUACAAAGGCACGAAACAUGCCAAGAAGCUCAAAGCACUGGAAGCCAUGAAAAAUAAGCAGAAAUCUGUAACUGCCAAGGACAGCGCAAAGACUACCUUCACCUCCAUCACUACCAAUACCAUCAAUACCAGCUCUGACAAAACAGAUGGUACUGCAGGGACACCAGCAAUAUCAACGACGACAACUGUGGAAAUCCGCAAAAGCAGUGUUAUGACAACUGAGAUCACCUCUAAAGUGGAAAAAAGCCCAACAACAGCCACUGGCAAUAGCUCAUGUCCUUCUACUGAGACCGAGGAAGAAAAGGCAAAACGGCUUCUUUACUGUUCGCUAUGCAAGGUUGCUGUCAACUCCACCUCGCAGCUGGAGGCGCACAACAGUGGUACUAAGCACAAAACCAUGCUGGAAGCCCGGAAUGGAAGUGGCACUAUCAAAGCCUUUCCUAGGGCAGGAGUGAAAGGCAAAGGACCUGUUAAUAAAGGAAAUACAGGCCUCCAAAAUAAAACAUUUCACUGUGAAAUCUGUGAUGUGCACGUCAACUCGGAAACACAACUUAAACAGCACAUUAGCAGUAGAAGGCACAAAGACAGAGCUGCUGGGAAGCCCCCGAAACCUAAAUACAGUCCUUACAACAAACUACAGAAGACAGCACAUCCACUGGGGGUAAAAUUAGUAUUUUCAAAAGAACCUUCAAAGCCAUUGGCGCCACGAAUUCUACCAAAUCCUCUAGCAGCUGCAGCAGCUGCAGCAGCAGUGGCAGUGAGUUCCCCCUUCAGUCUUCGAACUGCUCCAGCAGCAACACUGUUCCAGACUUCUGCGCUUCCUCCAGCACUCCUGCGGCCAGCUCCUGGACCCAUUCGGACCGCCCACACUCCUGUGCUGUUUGCUCCUUACUAAAUUCCAAAUAGGAGUAAUUGUACUGCAAUAAUUUUUCAAAAAACAAAAAACAAAACAAACAAAGAGAACUAUGCAGUGUUUAUUUAUAGUUUAAAGUAUAUCUGAAGAGCCAGGACUUUUGAUAGUGAAUUGAAAAGGUUAUAAAAAAGGGGGGGAGGUAUGGGGGUGGGAGGGAGGGAGUGGUAUUUUCUCCAAAUUAAAGCAUUCCUCUUGAAUGUUGAUUGUUUUAGAAGUGAUCUCCAGCAUUGAUUGUAGUGGUAUCUAGAACUUCUGAAGCCUCUGUGACUGUGCUUUUGGGCACGUAUUUCCCUCUGCAUUGUCUUUCCUGCUUUAUGAAACAACUAUACAUUGUCUAAGGGCAUUAACUGGUUCCAAUGUAUAUAAAAUAAUUUACUCUGUAGAUUAAAUCAUACAAAAAAGGAAAAAAAACAAAAACAAAAGCAACACUGUGAAUAGUACUACCCGUGCUGGUCCUCUUGCUAUGACAGCAAUUACUGGGUAUUUAUCCCAACAAAAGUAGAUACAGUAGAUGUCUUGUAAAACAAUAGUGCUGUGUCUCAAUCUACUCAAUCCACUAGAUUUUAAAGAAUUGCAAAGGUAGAAUGAACAACUAUUUCAUAUCAAUAAGCAGUCAAAAAAUAAACAUAUACCAGAUGGUGUCAUGGAGGUCUCCCUGGUCAGCAUUCUCCCCUCCUGUAUGGCUUGAAGAUAUAGCAGAGCUAAGCUUAGAGAUGGGAGAGGUAUUAAUAAAGGUGAUUUCUUACAAAGUGCUAACUUCCCACCCUGAAGAUAUAUUGCUGGAAACAGGGAAGUGUUUAUAAUGAACCUCUGUCUGAAAAUAGAUAAACCCAUGCAUCAUGGGUGUUAAGAAAGAAAUCAGUACAACUCUUCUGUUUCAAGGAUGAAGGAUCAUAACCUAGAAUGAUAAUGCAAAGUAAAGAUCUUUAAUUUAGUACAUAUCCAAUAAAAACAGAGAAUAUUACAUCUCUGCAAUAUCCCCUUUAUAUCAUACCAGUAGGGUUGUUUCUUAGGCAAAGGUUUCUGCUUUAAGUAUGAUGGUAGAAUUAAGCAUUAGCUAUUUUUAUGGGUUUUUCUUGUUUUUUAGAUUUCCUGCUGACAUGAUAUAAACAAUUAAUAUAUAUUUAAUGUUAUUAACAACAGGAAAUAUGAAUCUGAGUUAAUUGCACACCAAUGACAUAGUGUUAAAAAAUACUGGUAAGUUCCACUCGACAAUUAUUUCUGCAGUGGAGUUGUGAAAUACUAACAGCCUUUGAUAUUCACCAUCAGGCUGAAAGAAGUUGAUGUUUUACCUUUAAAACAAGAUUUAUCAGGGGUAUAUAUAAAUAUAUGUAUAUUGUAUAUAUGUUAGAAAGAGUAAGAGAAUAACUUAUAAAAAGAAAAAAUCUAUAUGACAUAAUUAUAUAACCAUCCAGUGUUACAUGUUAUCAUUAAAUUGGUAACAAAUGGCAUAAAAAUAGCUGUGCCUUUAAUUUGUGAUAAAGGCUAUUUGCUUUUUCCCAUAGAAAGCUAACAUAUACCUAUCAGUAUGGUGGGGUUUGAUGCAGCCAGUCUGUUGCAUUAAUAAGAAAAAUGACAUUCAAACUUAGAAUUAUGACAAAACAUACAUGAUUUAGGUUUAGAGAAAAAACUAUUUUUGAAAAGGUUUUGUAAAGACUAUUUAAAAAUAUAGGGAAGGAUUGGGUGUGGCCUUCCUGAAACUGCUCUUAAAGUGUUGUAACCCUUGGAAAAGUAUAAAGAAUCAAGAGGAAACCAUUUGAGAGAUAGGUAUUUAGCAUUUAUCAUUUUGUAUUUAAGAAACACCCAUAGCGUGCUUGGUGCUCAACAUUAUACAUGGUUUUUGGAGUUCUUCUCCACCAUCUAGCUAUAGAAAUUUGUCAUAUAAAUGAAUCUUUAAAUCAGUUGGCUUUAUAUAUCUUUUGUUAAACAACCAACCAAAACAAAAACAAAAACAAAAAAAAGGAAGGAAGGAAGGGAGGAAGGAAGGGAGGAAGGGAGGGAGGGAGGAAGAAAGGAAGGAAGGAAGGAAGGAAGGAAGGAAGGAAGGAAGAUAAUGUGUUCCAUCAGUAUUCUGGUAGAAAGAAUUUCAAACCAUGCUUCUCUGGUUAAAUAUAUUGAUUAGCAUUAACAUUUGCUUUUGAAAGUAUCUGGUGAUUUUGCAUUUACCAGCAUCUCAAUUCUCUGGUUUUAGCAAGUGUUUCCUUUUUCACCUACAGAGACCCUAUUAGUUCAGCCAGGUGGAUAGUUGCCCAUAAGUUUGUUGUUUGGGGCUCUGUGUGUAUCCCAUGUGACCAGCUUCUAACCAUUUGGAACUUUAGUUUCGCUUUUCUGCUAUGUCAAAUAUUUUGAUUUUCCAUAGUCAUCCUGAAUCCCUAUCCAACAACCUUUACAACUGAUACAGCCUCACUUUCUGUUAGAGAACUUAGUGUUAAUUAAUGCAAUCUCCCUGAAAUGUGCUUUUGCUGUUCUUCCCCAUUUUCACCAAAGUGAAUGAGCCAGUCCACCAGAAAUCAGGGCCUGUGGGAUAUACAGGGUCCUGGGUCACAAGGCAUUACUGUCUUUAAUGAUUUGCUGGGAACAAACAAAUCAGCCAUAUUUUCUCCAUCAGCCAUAUGAGAAAACUCAGAAAUACCUGGAUCCCUUCUGCCUCACUUUGCUAUGGAACCAUUUUUAUUUAAAUGGUCUUUUAAAUUGGAGUUGUAAGCAUCAGUUGUCUUUUAUUCACUACCUAAUAAAGGAUGAAGCCUAACCACAGAACUUAUAGUGGAUUCUCUGUGAGUUGUUUCCCCCGCACUCCGUAUAUUUAUCAAUACCAGAUUAACAUCCAUUAUAGUUCAGGCUGCCAUAAAGCUGUAUCUUUUCCCUUAGGGAACUUUUUUCAUGAAUAAAGAUCCACAAUUUAGAUCGGUCAGCAGUGUGCUGUGAAAAUCCCUGAGGGUGGUCUGACUUUAUGGUUAUACAUCCCUUCCCAUGCAUCACACCAUGGCAAGGAAAGUGAUAGAGAAAGCAGCUCUGAUUCAUUUGAAACAAAUAUAAAUGCAUUGCAGAAGCCAAAUGCCUCUGGAAAAAGCAUUGUUGCACCUCCACCAGAUCAUCCAGAGAAAUGGGAAACAGUCAUUGGGGAGGUACUGUAUUUCUCUUAUGAGAAAACAGGCGAUUACACAUGAUAAACUGCUCCUCUCACUGCACCUAAACUUUGAAGAGUACUUGUUUUAUUCACACAAGCAAACAUGCUUGACUUUUGGCAAUUUAUAUCACCCCUGACUCAUUUGAAAGGAUUUCUGUCUUUAGGUACUAUUGGACUUCUGAUCUAUUGCAGUGAUUCACUGCCAUUAUCAUCAGAGAUGAAAUUUUGUUUUUCUAAAGGUGCUACAUAUUUUGUUGCCAAGAAACUAGUUAGCAAAGGAAUAUUUGUAUGUAUUUGAAAAUUAUAAGAGCAAGAAAUAAUAAAAGACUAAAAAUUAAAAGACAGCAGAAGUUUCAAAAUAGAAUCAAAGUGGCUCUGCCUAUUUGAGUUUCUAAGACACAAACCAACACAUAGUAGACAUGAUCAUUAACUAUCACUUAUUACAAUUAAAUUUUAAAUUAAGAUCUUUGUCUUUGUACCAGUGUAAUGUUUCAAUUGUUCAGAAGAAAUCAGAUCACAAAGCUAAAAGAUAACUGAAGUGGUAUAUAGGCCUCUUUCUUUAGAUCUGAAUUGAUGUGGAAAAUUACCUUUCUAUACGUAAGCAUGGAUAACAUUGUAUUAAUAACUUUGUGCACGCAAAAGCAGCAUGAAGUGGUAGGGAAAGCAAUGAGGAGCCUUAGAGUAGCCAGGGCCUAUUGUAGACUUUGUCCCUGACUGACAGUCAACUAAUGCCUUGCCCUUAAUUUCUUCAUCAGUAAAAUGGAUGACGGCGAUUAACAGCUAAGCUGGUUUAAUAUAUCAGCACUAGAGGGGCACUGCUUUUAUCCUCUAAGGAAUUAAAAUUAUUUAUUCGAGUGAUCAAUACAGCUACUCACAAACUUGCAUGUGUCCAGAAAAAUAUUCCGUAUUCCUUUCCAUCCUGAGUGUAAACCACAUUGUAGGUCAUUCAUAUGCUCAACCAGAAUGUACAUUUCACCAACUAAUACUGGAGUAGUUGCUAAUUCACUUAGUACUCACUUAUUAUGACUGCACUUAUGCUAACAUCAUGUAAAAUAUGCUACUUCUAUUUUCCCAGACAAGAAUGUGAUAAAUUCUGAACAAAACCAACCCUGAAAAAGUCAAUAGCCAGCUGGCAGUGGGGGUGUGGAAAGGAACAACAAUUUAAAUGCAUCAUCCUUAUUUCUUUUGUUGCACUUUCUCUCAAUAGGAAGAGGUCCUAACUGCUUAGUCCAAGCAGUCUUAGACUAACUCUGUCCUGAGUUUGCAUAUAUUUUAACUAAUGGUCACCUUAUUAAGACCAUUUCUUCCACAGACAAGUAUAUCAGUUAUGCACUCUUAUCAUUGUUACAGGAAUUAUUUAAACUGAGUCCUAACAGUGAAAGUUUUACCUGACUUUUGCUGAUUUUUUUCUUUUCUACACGGGGAGAUUUAUCUCUGGAACAUCUCUUGUGUUUUUGUACGAUAUGCUUCAGUAACAAGAGAGGCUACUAUCAGGAGGUGAAAUGGAUCAUUUUUGUGGUAGGUCUCCAUUGUCUACAUAGUGCUUUUGAGAGUGGUAUCAGGGUGUCCAGUGAAGGACGGAUAUGUUGACAUGUCAUGCUCAUGUGGCCUAAAGGUUGUUACUGCCAGGAAUGGACUUAGAGCUUACCAGAAUGUGAAUGGUGACAAAAGGCAAGUUCUACUCUGGAAAAAUAUCAUAUGUGUUAUUUUAUUAGAAGUUCAUGUGGGUCAUGAAUUGUCACAGAGUUUAAAGAAUUCUAUGGUUGGGUCAUCAAUGUUCAGAUGUCAAGGGACUGAACAUUACCUUCAAUUUGAGGGUCUUCGCUUUCCUCUUCUCAGUGAUGGAAACUCAUCCUUCCUAGGUGGCUAAAUUGACUGUAGAAACUGCUACAAUGUAUUUGUCAAAUGAAGUAAAAUCUGAUUAUUAAUAUGUAUGAUCAGGUAGAGUAUCUUAGAGUUUGGUUAAGUUAACUAAGACAGCAGAGAAUGGGGUCAUGUUUUUUCAGACUGGCAGGUUAUCUCUAAAGGCAAUUUUUAAAGAGUAGGGCUAAAAUGAUUGUGAGCAAAGAAGUAUAAUUAAAAAUGAGUAAUAGUACAGUGACAAGUUCUAAGGUUAAUGCUUAUACACACACACACACAGAGAAUUAUAAAAAUAUGAGUCUUAGUACCUGUCAUUCUUAUACAGUGUCACGGUAAAAUCAUUUUAUUUUCAAUGAUAAGGUUGGUUUUACUUUAAGAAAAGGAACUCCAAUUUCACACUUGGGAAUCUUAAUCAUUUUUGUGCAUUGGGGCUGGGAAGUAGAUAUAAUGUUAAGGUAUUACGCACUCUAGCAGGACUAUUAUGCUAACAGUUUGAGUUGGGUAAUACAAUUGUAUCAUUUCACAUCAGCUACUGACUUUGAGUAUAGAAUUUGAACCCUUAUACAAUCUUCCUCAAAUCCAGGUAGUGUGCCGGACGUGGUAUAACAAGACUACGGAAAAUUAGCAGAGAGCGCCUUAAUUGGAAACCCAGAUUGUGUUUUUGCCAGUAUAACAAAUAUUUUUAAAGUCUCUCAGUAAUAAGAUUGUCCAGCAUAAAUCUAUUGCGAAACAUUGAUGUCAGAGAGUUUUGAAGCUAUAGUGAAGUGUGUUACAUUUUGUUAACCAAAAUAGUGAUGUGGGUUUUAUUGGACGUUUGUCAACCCAACUUAACACAUAUUAUAUAAUUUCAGUGUAGGACCCUAGGGCUAGGGGCAACUAAUAUUGGAUAAAGACCCUUCGUGAGAUGCUUUAAGUCUCUUGUGAUGUUAUGCUAACAUUAGUAGAGAUGAAAAAGAAAGUAAGUUUGUGAGAUCCUGGAAAGUUUAACUUUUAUCAAACAGUCAAGAAAAAUUCCGUUUGAUGGCAUCUGGUUUUUAAACGGAUUAUAGAAAAAUGUGUGGAAGUACUGGAUAUUGGUGAAAAAGCCUUGUGGCCAAGGGAUCUGGGCACAAGACUGAGCAUCACAGAACAGUGAGCACAGUUGUUGGCUUCACUACCAAUCAUCUACAAGGAAACUGGGCCAAUUCACUUGACAUUUUGAUGAUUCUCUCUGAUAAAAAUAGGGAUAAUGACUGAUUACAGAAAUGUGCUUUUAAAAAAGCUGAAUUUAGUAAAAGCAAGUCAUUUGCUACUCAAAAUAGCUCCAAAAUCUAAGCCAUAUUUCUAUAAAUUCCAUAAAAUUGUUUUAAAAUGUGACUUAUAGUUACAGGGUUUAUAUUACUACAUAUUUAAGAUGGAACUGACCUAAUGCCAAAGCUGUAUCACUUGUAGCUAUAUUCGCUUUCUGUUUUGUCCUGAAAAAAGGUUGGAGUAUUUUUAAAAAUACAUUUUUUAAUCUGCACAUGGAGCUAUAUGUGAAGAACAUUGUUUCUUUGGGGAAUAUUUUUAGUCAUAGUUUCUUUCAUUUAUUUUAUCAGCCAAAAUCUUAUAUCAGUUUCAACUAAGGUCUCCUAACUUUAGUCAAUAAUUUCUUCUAAUAAUGUUUAAUUCACUGAAAUUUUACCACAAAUUUUAAAUUGACUCCUAAGAGUGGUCAUUUGGGGAAAAUUUAAUGUUAUCCAAUGUAUGAUGAAAUAUUCAGCUUUCACAAAAACUCGAUGUUUGGCUAUUUUAAAAUGGCUGUUCUUCACAAUCAAACUACAAACAGACACUAUCAAAUAAAUUGAGUGAUAAGUAUGUCUAUUUACUAACAUGAGCCAAUUUGAACUUUAGUUUUGAGAUCUAAAAAUAUCUUAAUCCACAUGCAUUUAGUGACUAUAAAUUGAAGGCAGUAUUCUUUUGACAACCAAGCUUCUUGAAAACUUGGCAUUAAUGUUUGCAAACAGGAGCACUAUUUUGAAAUUAAUAAUAGACUAUGGUUUGUUCUACAUGUUUGUCACCCUGCAAAAAAUUACUUAAAGGAAAAAUAUUCACGUGAUUUUUCUCCUCUUAUAUUCUUAUGGCUUAAAAAAUAUAACCAGGUUUUUAUCUAAUAUCAAUCUCUUGGCAAAGGAUCAUAUAAGGUUUUACCUGCUAACAAGAAUACUUCAUUUGAAAGAGCAUUACCACAAACAUUGGAGGGAGGUAGAGUUGACAUGGUGAAUUUGAUUCUACAAGAACUAACAAAGCCGGGGAGCAAAGCAUUGACUUAAUUAUAAUCGCUAGUCAUACUGAUGUGAGAUUCCGAAUCAUUGGUCAGCCACAGUGAUGCCACCUUGGCAUCAAAUUUGCCUGUUCCAUCUUUAUCAGUACAUCUGGAAGUCUGACUUGAGUACCAGAAACCAAAACGCUCACAAUGCUAAUUUAUGCCACCUUAAUGGCCCAUGUGUUCAGUAAAUAAAUUUGCUUUUUACAUCUUGUCAAAUCUUCCUGAACAAACCUUUCAUCAGAGGUUCUAUAUAUCCCCAGGUGGGCUUGGAAACUUGAGAUAGGAUUUUAUUGUGUUGUAUAUUAUGAUAGUUGAAUGAUGAUUCUAUAUGUUAUUGUUGUAUUUGUUUUCAUUAAAAACCCAAAGAACUACCCUUUGUAUACCAGUAAACUACUAUUUUUUUUCUUAAAAAAGUAAUAAUAAUAAUAAUUAAAGCAAUUCACAUAGUUUGUUUUAUGCCAGUCUUCUAUUUUAAGUCAUGUGAUAAUAUCUCCCCAAACAUCAAUUUCUCACCCUACAUGAUAUGUGAUAAAAUCCCCCAUAUGCCAAUAAUUCCCCCCACUGUAAAAUGAAGCUGCUUUCAAUAUUAUUGACUCAGAAAUGUAAAAUAUAGCACAGCUCAUCUUGUCUGUGGUCCUGUGCUAAGUUAAACUUGCAGCUGUGAACAAAUUAAUAUUUAUAUUUUUCAGGAAUUCUUUAAGAUGAACUUUUCAAUUUUAGUAAAACAAAGACACUAGUGAUAUUUUUAUGUGACGAAAGCUCUCUGGUUCCUUCAGCAGCUCUAGGAACAUCCUUAGCCGUUCUUUUAGCCUCUCUCUUUGACAAUAUCAAAAUCGUCCAGGUAAAUGUAACAUUUCCAGUGAUGUCAGGAUAUUGAUCUGUUUAUGUCCUUAUUCUUCACUUGGUUUGUGGAAUCAAAAUGAUUGCUUAUUUUCCUCUCUUCUGUAGAUAAUCCAUAGGCAAUGUAUUCAAUUUGGUAAACAUUUUUUUCAUCUUGGUUUAAGUUUGAAGGCUCUAAGAAAGAGUAAUAUUAUAGCGAAUUAUGUGUUCUAUAUGUUCUACUCCACUUGUUUGUAAUAUACUCCUGUUCUGAGAGUUAUCGUUAACCUAUAUAACACAACUGUUCCAAGUGCCAAGUAAGAAUUGUAGUGACUCACAGAACACAUGUCCCAUGACUAUUUAUCAAAAGUAAUGUGUUGAUUAAAGAAAAAAAAGUAAAAUAUUUUAUUUUCA